UCAAAGGAGCUACAACUAAAUGCCAAGGCAUUUUCAAAGAUGGAGAGGCUGAGACUGCUUAAUCUCAAUUAUGUCCAUCUAAGUGGAAGUUACGAACAUCUCUCUGGAAGACUUGUAUGGCUAUCUUGGAAAGGAUUUCCUUUAAAAUAUAUACCGACAACCUUAAUUAUGGAUAAUCUGGUUGCCAUUGACUUUAGCUAUAGCAACCUAAAACAAGUUUGGAGAGGAACAAAGGUUUUGUGCAAAUUAAAAUAUCUCAAUCUCAGUCAUUCCUAUUUCUUGGUCAAAACUCCGAACUUCACGGGGUUUGCUAGUCUUGAGAAAUUGUUGUUUAAUGAUUGUACAAAGCUGAUAGAGGUUCAUCAAUCUAUUGGAUGUCUGGAAAAACUUGUUGUCUUGGAUCUGAAGAAUUGCCGGAAACUUCAGAAUAUUCCCCAGAGCAUUUUCAAGUUGAAGUCCCUCCUUUAUUUUAAUCUGUCUGUAUCGCCUACUAUAACACGUGCGCCCACCGAAACCGUUCGGCUACUGACGUUCCUCCGUGUAAACAAAUGUAGUCGGCUUGAAUCGAUUCAGGGGCUUCCAGUAAAUUUAUUGGAAUUGGAUGUACUCUACUGCGAAUCAUUGGAAAACUUAUCAAUGGCAUCAAUACCAGCAUUCACGACUUUUCAAGUUUGUCCCAAAUUAGUCGAUUUUAUAUCCAGUUUUGAAAGAAAUGUAUAUCAGGAACCGCUAGAAAGGGGUCAGUGUAACAUUGUUUCUCCCAGGAAUGUGACUAUGUGGUGGUGCAACUACCGGAGUGAUGGAAUAGUUUUACGUUUUCGGGUGCCUCAGCUGGUGGGUCGGAGAAUAAAAGGGUAUGCUAUCUGUGUUGAUUUUUUUGGCCUCUGUGAUCAACAUAAUUGCCAUUUUGAGGUUUCUAAUAGAACCAAGAUGUGUAAUUUUUCAUUCACUCGAGAAAUAGUUGUUACCGAUCAGUCAGAUUUUGAAGAUCAACGAACGUGGCGCUCCUACAAAGUAAACCAUGAAGGUUGGAAUAGUUUGCAUAAUCAUGUUUUGGACGGUGGAGACGAAGUGGAGAUAACAAUAAGAGAUGAUUACUUGGUGGUGCAAAAGUGUAAGGUUUGUCUGUCUUACGAGGACGAUGAGAAGUAUCCCGACUCAGAUUUAAUUUGUUUCAUAAUCAUCCGAGUUUAUGGGGUCCCAUACCAAGACAUUUAAUUUGGGACAAUGGAAGUACUAGCAGGACUUCAAAUUUUGAGGAAUUAUCAAAAUUUGUAGGAAGGUGCUUUGUCUGUCAAAAUAGUUUUUUGACACUCGGCAAACGUUGUAGGAAGCUCACAUCUCAGUCACUCUUCCAAACAUCACUUUAACAUAUAAUAUUUCACCACUAUCCAUGUCUACCUUUUUGCAAAAACGAGAUGAAACACGUUGUUUUAGAACUUAUGUGAUAUGUAUUCAUUUUUCCAUAACCA